AUGGCCGUUACUCAGAGAACCGGAAUCCGAUCUGGACAGAACCACGGACACAUCACCACUGUCCGUGAGCUGAAGACCCCCAUGUCCUACAAGAAGGGCGUUACUGGCAAGCGUGUCAUCUUCGUCCGUUCGCUCAUCCGUGAGGUCGCUGGCUUUGCUCCCUAUGAGCGCCGCAUCAUGGAGUUGAUCAAGAACUCCAAGGAUAAGCGUGCCCGUAAGCUCGCCAAGAAGAGACUCGGAACCUUCCUCCGUGCCAAGAAGAAGGUCGAGGAGAUGACCAACGUCAUCGCCGAGUCCCGCCGUGCCCACUAAGAAUUGCUUACUUUUUAUUUCUCCUUGUUCGCAAUUCCCUGUACGACCGACGCUUCUUGAACUACACCAACAAUAAAUCCUCAGUUUUUCAAUGUUGGAC